AUGCAGAAAUUUAACCAACUGAUAUUUUUACUUAUAUUGAGUAUCAUAAUAUUUUCCUUUGUUCAGUUCAGUGACGCAAAUAAAAAAUCACAUGUGAACAGGCAAAGGAGAUAUUUGAGCUUUAGGAAUGUAUCGCAUUUUUUUGUUCGUUUGAAUUUUAGGGCCAAUAUGGUACCAGUCGGUCAGAUAUUCGCCCAAGCGUUAGGUUUUCGUAUGAACUGGGAUGAUCCGCCAGAUUCCUUUCGACCAUAUCACCAUUUGACGAGACGUGCCGUUUACAAGAAUAUUGAAAUUUUGCUAAACAAGAUUGGCUUAGACGGCUUCAACUGUGUUCGACGAGCGAUAUGUGAAGUUAAUCAAAUAGAAAAUACAAACGAAAUUUACACUCGAAUCCUCAAAAUGAUCUUCAGGCAAACGUCACCAGAAACGGAAAUAUGGCAUAACGAAACCGCAGGUGAUUGUGAAUUAUUAAAGAAUAUGUGUCCUUUUUCUAUAUUACAAAUCUCUCGAUAUACAGACGAUUAAUAAAAUAACUUUUUUAAA